ACUGUGCACCCGCUGAUAAGGCGUUGCCACCCAGCUCCACACACCCGCGUGGCACAAAGCCGCAACCAAUAUGGCGGAGGCUCAGGGACCACGCCGCAGCCAUGAGGGGCCACCCGGGCGGGCGGGAGACUCCCUUUGAAACAGAGGGGAAGGAACCGCACGGAGUUGCCUUAUAUGGGAGUUAGCCUCGUUCUAUAUUCAAGAGGGGGCGUGGCUUUGCCUCAUGAGAAUUGCCUCGUUGUAUAUUCAUGAGGGGGCGUGGCUUAGCGCGCGCCCGCCGAAACAAUUCAUAGCGGGGAGCUGUUCUGAAGGUCGAGGUCACAGAGGCAGCUGUGGAACCAUUAUUAAUGAUUCAUGAGGGGGCGUGUCCCGGGGGGGCGGGCACCGCCUUGGAGCCUCCCUCCUAACCGGAGGAGGCCAAAAAAAGGCGGGAAGCCUGAGGCGGUUCAAAAUACGCACUUAAAAUACUAAACAAAACAGCUGGGGAGAAAAACCAAAACCGACCUUCAGCUAUUUACUACUGGAAUAAAGUAUUUUGGUUUCUGUGGUAAUUUCCUCUCUCUAAUAUAUAUGUAUAGAGAGAGAGCUACUUUUCUUCUCUGCCACAAUUAAUACCAUUAAUUAAUUAAUUACACCACAUUCAUUAAACCAGCAUUGCUGGAUUAACAAUAUUGAUUUCUGUGGUAUUCUAUGUAUAGGGAGGGAAGAAGCUAGAGUCCUGAAAUUACUGUCUGAGCUUUGAUUAAGCAGCUCUUCAAACCAGAGGGUUCCAGACAGAGGCUUUUGAGGGCUGGACAGUCACUAAGUGAAAUCCAUUUUGUCACGUCCUUAGCUGAACUCCCUCAAAAAUGCAAAACAUAUCAUCGAGUACAUGAAGAUAAAUUUAUGAGACUUACUGAAGAAUGACAUCCACUGUAAGUACCAGCUAUACCUUGAUUCCCAACCAGAAAUACAGACGUAGUAACCGUCGCUCCAGACGGUUUUGCAAGAUCCUGGACAUUGAUUCCCAAUCUCUGUCAACACUGGGAGAUUUUAAAGCACUGCCAGUAGAGAUCUUUCAAAUGGUCUUGGAACAUCUUUCAGUGAAAGAUAUCAGCAUGUUAAGCAUGGUGUCGAAAACCAUCAGCAACCGCCUUAUUAAUUACAUCUCAACCCCAUCAGGAAACAGAAGGCUUUUACAGCAAGACUUUCAUAACCUUGAGCUAUCUGGCAAGAGACAAGGAUCCUGUAUUUUAGAGCACUACAGAGCUCUAGGUUUAUUGCUUAAAAGGUGCACGCUACUGCUGCCCACAAAAGACAGGCUUAAAUAUAUACACAACAUACUCUCAGAAGUUUCCUGUUUUAAACUUAAUGGUUGUCCAAAUCCUUUGCAUUGCUUAGGAUUACAGUGUUAUGGGGUAUUUCUACAGAUGCUAACAGCAGGCUGGGAUGAGCUAGAGUGCCAUCGGGUUUUCAACUUCCUCUGUGAGCUGAGCAAUCUACCCCGUAAAAUGCAGACAGUUGUCAGCAGCAAGCCAGGAAGUGCCCGAAAGCUGGAGUUGCGGAUACGGCUAUAUUGUCGCAGCGUCCUGCUGAACCACUGGAUUCAUCGAAGUGAUUCUGCAUUUUGGCUGACUCGUAUCUUAAAACCAUGGCCAAUGGUUAAUCAAGCUCGGUUGCUAUACAUCAUUUUUGGGCCAGUCUCUUCUCUAGAUGGACACGUGGUCUGGCAGAAAAUGAUAGAAGGACCAACAGACGAAACCAGUUUAAAGGGUCUUGCUGAUGCCAUUAAACUCCUGUAUGACACAGAAGCUAAAGAGUGGACUGCAGAUGAUGUUAUCAGUCUUGUGGAUGAAUUGUCAGUGGUUCCCCGAGAAUGGCUUAUGGAAAAUAAUGCUCGUCUCCUUAUCCUGAGUGGGAACAACAUCUGUUUCACCUUCAUGGCCAGUAAAGCUGUGAAUGGGCGGGCUGUUGAGCUGGCCAGGCUAAUGGUCUUUCUAGCUUUGGUCUGUGAGAAGGACCUGUACUGUAUGGACUGGACAGUAAAAAUGAUGCAGAAGGUCUGCAAAGUUUUCAGCACUCCAGGAGAGAAGAAUAAUUUCCUGCAGAGUGUUGAGAAUGCGUUUGCUCACCUGAUCAUGGAUAUGCUGCAGUCUGUAAUGUCUGGAGAUCGUGAUGAAGACGACAGCAGUUUUUUUAAUCUGUUUCAUCUUGUGAAUGCACAAGCUAACUUCCAUAAAGAAAUCUUGUACCUGACCUUGAGAAGCACCUCCACCUAGCUAAGACUUUUAGAGAAAGGUGACCUACUUCCUUCCCCCAUUUUUUUUUCUCGCACAUGCAAAACAAUGUUAAUCUACCUUUUAAGUUUGCUGUCCAGGAGGCUGACUGGAGAUGCUAGCAGAAUACAUAUCAGAAGAAUUAUAAAAAAAAACUUCUGGAAAGUACUGUGGUAUCUCAAAGACUCUGUAGCUUGGCCCUGUACAAAUUUCUCUGUGGCUUUGUGUCACAAUUGCUGAGGAGACAAUAUAUGGCAUUCCAUGAUUCAACUGCUGAGUAUGGGAAUAUACACUGCGUUCUUUUCCCACUGUGUGUGUGUUUGCAUACAAAAUAAAAAUGACAUGGUUUUCAUAUUUCAUGCACAUCCACAAUUAAAGAAUGUUAUCUUAGAUCAAAACAGAAAAAUAUCUUGAUCUUUCAGUUUUAUUUUCUUUGUGGGAUCCAUUAAGACAUAUAAUUAGAGAGGGAUGGCCAGGUUUUUCAAAUUUGCCAAAGUAUCUGUAAUUAAUUUUAUUUUCUUAGCUUUGGAACACUACAGUAGUAAUAUUGCAUGGAUUGUUCACUAGAUUUUAGCUCAGGAAACAUCCUUUAAUAUAGCCCUAACUUUUUGGUUAAGAAAGGCAAAAAUAAUUUUUAUACUGGAUGACAAAACAGAACCAGCUUCAAAUGUACCUAGCUAUUAAAUGUGGGUAAUAACUAGAUUGUUUACACAGGAAAAAUACAUAUUUUUGCAAUUUAACUAAGUCAAAGAAGGGUGUUAGAACAUCUACAGGUACUUAAGAUCACUGUUUUUAUUGAAGUAUAUAAGUAAGUAUCCUAUUUAAAAAACAUAGUAUGGUAUAUAGUAUGGGCUGUGCGAAAUUUAGCUGCCAGUUUUGUUUCGACACUGUUUCAAUCUGUUUCAAGGUUGAAACAGCAAAAUUGAAAUGGAACAGAUAUAGUUGAAACAGCCUCGAAACAAAAUGAGGCAAGUCGA